AUGGCCACAGAAAAUCAGAGACGCGUCGAACCCUAUCCCGAUCCGCCGAUGGAACGGCAACGGCUCCUCCUGGAAACCUAUGAGUAUCGCAUGCCGUUCAACUACCCGAACGUAGCGGUCAACCGGCUCUAUCUGAAGGGCAUGGAGUUCCACGGCGUGGAGAUGAAUCCGAUCAACUCGAUCGGUGUGGACCAGGAGCACCUGCCCCCGGACAACAUCACGAUAGAAGAGGACGAGCCGAUCGUCCGCGUGGUCGUGAUCGGAUCGGCGUGCACGCCGCCGGGCUGGGUGCAGGUCGAGGCCUUCCCGACCGCCGACUUCCACAAGCCGGUCGACGUUCCUGGAACCGCGGCUACCAGGUUUCGCAUCAACAACCUCUGGGGCACCCACCUGCGCUACGAUGCAUGGGCGGUGGAGUCAGGCGACGACAUCAAGGACAGCCGGGGCCGCAGCUUCGAUCCGCUGCCGGAGGCGCGCAAGGCGAUCCGCCCCGGUCUGCGCAAGUACGACAUCAAGGCGCAUUAUCGCGAGAAUCCGCUGGUCGGAAUGAGCUGCGCGAUCUUCGAGAUCCCCCAGUCCACCAGAGUGAGCAUCACCGGCGGAUCCGAGAUCUGUGCGUGGAGCGAUGACGACUUUCCGGAUGACGUCCAUUACUCCUUCACGAUCAUUCGCACGACAUUGGCCGUGGGAGGAUAG